AUGCCGGUUCAUUUUAACCAGAAACUAGAGAUUUACAACCAAUGCAAUGGUAAACGCACCUGUGAUGUCAUUUUCCCUACUGAUAGCCCUGUCAAGCUUGAAAUACCUUAUGUUUGUGAAUCAGAGGCAGAUCUACGAUUGAUUUCGACCAGAUUUGCCCAAAAUGCCGUUACGUUUCCCAUAUUUAGUUUGUGGGGAAAAGACUAUACGAAGGGAGAGAUAUUGAACUGUGAGUGUCAGAUGGAGAUACCUAAAAACAUGUCAGCUCUAAUUGAAGUAUUCUUUAUAUAUUUGGACCCCGAGGCAUGCAAUAAAGUUAUCUUUUCCAAUAAAAAUAUACCAAUAUUUAGCUGUAAUAAGUACGGUCUACGGCUGUUGUAUGGACCGCAAGGUAACAUUGAAGGUGAUAUGAAAAUACAGAUUAAAGACCUAGUGAUCGAAGGUGAUGAAGUUAUAUACUUUAAACUGAGAGGAGAAAAUAUGAAUAUAAAUUGUAAUGGAUGCUCUUAUAAUUCAGAUUCCCCUGAAUCCCCUGAAUCCCCUGAAGUUUCUGAAUCGUUUAUGUAUCAUGUUAUAUUGGGAACUGUAUUUGGUAUUCUUGCUGUGGUUUUUUUAGUUGUUGCAGUGUGCGUAUUAUAUCGUUUGAGAAAAAGGAAGCUGUCACGUCAACGAGGACAAAGAUCACCUCAGCAGAUUAUCGAAAAUGAACAUUAUGACUAUAUAGACGAUGAUGCUCCAACUAAUAUGAAAAAUAACUGUCACUCGCACCAAUACUUGGACCUUAUCAACAGCCCUGAUGGAUAUCUGACACCACAAGUCCCUGCCGCUCACCAAAGACCACUUGGUCCUAGAACCAGUGCAGAAUCUAGCUACAACCGUAUUGUCGUACAAUAG